AUGAGUGAAAAGGAAGAUCAAGGAGAUCCAGCAGAUGCGGGUGAUUGCAUAGAAAGUGCAGAAUAUGAGGAUGAUUUUGAAAAAGACCUGGAAUAUCGAUCUAGUCAAGAAGAAGCAGAAAACCUUGAUGGAGAGAAUCCUGAAAACGAUGAAGAGGAUAUUGAAAAACAAAUUUUUAAAGCUGCAGACAGUUUUGAGGAAGUCAGUGAGGAAGCAGAAGAAAAUCUCAAUCAGCUUUCAGAGGCAGAUAUCAAUGAGCAAGCCAGUGAAGAAAAUUUGGAAUCCAGGUCUGAUACUAAACAGGAGGACUGUGGAUCUGACAUCGAUAGUGAAAGCUCCAUCCAGGAAUCCGAGCUGGAAAACCAGCAGGAACUGGAUGAGGAAGAAGAUGAAGAAAUAAAGCGUUACAUCUUGGAAAAGAUUGAAGAAGCCAACAAACAGCUGGAGAAUCAGGCUCCUGUGGAUCAGAACAGAGAACGGAAAUUAAAAUUUAAGGAUAAAUUGGUGGAUCUUGAAGUUCCUCCUCUAGAAGAUGCUGAAGCUUGCAAAACUGACCUUGCAAAUGGAGAUGAUGUUUCAAGUGGGCUCUCUCAGUUGCAUAUUUCUAAUGAUGUGGGACAGGAAAGCACAUCACUUUCACCACGUGCUGGCAAGGAUGAGGAAAAGACAGAUGUUGAAGUCCUAGUGGAAAAAGAUGGGAAGUUUGAACUCUUAAGUUUACGUGAUAUUGAAAGUGAGGGCUUUUUGCCCCCAAUAAGUGUUUCGUUUACUGAUAUUGAAACUCAACAUAAAUCUCCAAAAUCCUCACACUGCAGUUCUUUUGGCACUGUCUCUCAAAUGGAGGAAAUACCUCCAGCAGACCCAGGAGCACAUUCUUUUCCUCCUGGUGAAGAAGAGUGUGAGUACUGCCCUAAGCCUCCACCCAACCCUAAACAUCGUCCAACUUCUGCUGUCAAUGUUGCAAGAGGUCUGGGAAAACAGAAGACUCUGCAGAGAGCUCAGUCUGCAAAUGUGCCCGUGAGAAGCUCCACCUACUGUCUUUCUCCCAGGCAAAAAGAAUUACAGAAGCAGUUAGAACAAAGGAAGGAAAAACUGAGGAAAGAGGAAGAAGAAAGGAAAAGGGAACAAGAAGAACAGAAGAGAAGAGAGAAUGAGAUGGUUUUCAAAGCUUGGUUACAGAAGAAGAAAGAACAAGUGCAAGAAGAAAGGCGAAUUCGCCGUGCGAAGGAGCUAGAAGACUUGAACAGCAAACAGAAGAACAGGAAUCCAGAAGAAGCCUUCAAGUUAUGGCUUAAGAAAAAGCACCAAGAACACAUGAAAGAAAAACAGAUAGAAAUUCUGAGACGCCAAGCUGAGGGAGUUGUCUUUUUCCAAAGAACAGAGGAAUGCAACAGAGCUUUUAAAGAAUGGCUAAAAAGGAAGAGAGAAGAAAAACGAGCAGAAGAACUAGCUGCUAAAGAGAGAGCAAGGCAGCGUAGAUUAGAAGCCAGAAGAGCUAAACAGAUGCAGAACAUCCACUAUAUUUAG